GGUUCUGUUCAGUCCGCUUCUGCGAGACUCCAGAGGUGAUAAUAACCGUGCCAAUGUGAUUUCCACGUUAGGACUGUCACUCCCGUACGUGAAGGACGAAAGCGGCAUACUCUUUGAAGACGGAUGGGCAAACCGAGAUGGGUUCAGUGACAUCUGCUCUGACAAAAACAAGGACCACCGUCGUUCGAGUGGGUUCGGAGCCAGAAGAAGAGAUGGAGCGAAGCGCCUUCGGGAAAAAAAGUAUUCGAUCCUCUGACCAGAGGGACGGACGGGGCACGAGACAGUCGCUGUCCGAGGUGCUGAACUCGCAGGACAGUGGUGCGAAGGCGCGUACUUCGAAGGAAACUCCACCGCCUUCAGAGAACGUGGGCGAAAUUGCAAAUGAGACUGGAGGGGCCAAUGCUCGGCCAGCUGCCCGCUUUGCACGCUCCAAAUCCCAGAAUGCCCUGUGGAACGCCAUCACGGCGGGGAUCGGGAUCAAGGACAAGGACAAGCGGGGCAUCGUCAUCGACCCCCGCCCCCCGGAGGAGAUCCUGGCCGACGAGCUUCCCGCCGUGGACGGGCCCGACGCCAUGGAGAAGACCGCCAUCAGGUUGAGAUGUUUGGUGAAGCAGCUGGAGCGCGGCGAGGCUUCCGUCGUCGACCUGAAGAAGAACCUGGAGUAUGCAGCCUCGGUCCUCGAGUCUGUCUACAUCGAGGAGACACGGCGGCUGGUGGACACGGAGGAUGAGCUCAGCGACAUCCAGUCGGACUCGGUGCCCUCGGAGGUCCGUGAUUGGCUGGCCUCCACCUUCACGCGGCAGAUGGGGCUGAUGCUGCGGCGGACGGAGGAGAAGCCGCGGUUCAGGAGCAUCGUGCACGCCGUGCAGGCUGGGAUAUUCGUGGAGAGAAUGUACCGCCGGACCUCCAACAUGGUGGGGCUAAGCUACCCACCCACUGUGAUCGCUGUGCUAAAGAACGUGGACAGUUGGUCGUUCGACGUCUUCGCCCUCAACGAGGCCAGCGGAGAGCACGCGCUGAAGUUCAUUUUCUACGAGCUGCUGACCAGAUACGACCUGAUCAACCGCUUUAAGAUACCCAUUUCAGCGCUGGUGUCCUUUGUGGAGGCCAUCGAGGUGGGGUACAGCAAGCACAAGAACCCCUACCACAACCUGAUGCACGCGGCCGACGUGACCCAGACCGUGCACUACCUGCUGCUCAAGACCGGCAUGGUGCACUGGCUGACGGAGCUUGAAAUUUUAGCCAUGAUCUUCGCCGCUGCCGUCCAUGACUACGAGCACACGGGGACCACAAACAACUUUCACAUCCAAACCAGGUCUGACACCGCCAUCCUGUACAACGACCGGGCGGUUCUGGAGAACCACCACGUGAGCGCAGCAUACCGCCUCCUGCAGGACGACGAGGAGAUGAACAUUUUCUCCAACCUGUCCAAGGACGACUGGAGGGAGUUGCGGGCCUUGGUAGUGGAGAUGGUUUUGGCCACAGACAUGUCGUGCCACUUCCAGCAGAUCAAGGCCAUGAAGAGCUUCCUGCAGCAGCCUGAAGGGAUUGACAAGCCGAAAGCCUUAUCGCUCCUCCUGCACACCGCCGACAUCAGCCACCCCGCCAAGAAGUGGGACCUGCACCACCGCUGGACCACCUCCCUGCUGGAGGAGUUCUUCAGACAGGGGGAUAAAGAGUCAGAGUUGGGGUUGCCUUUUUCACCCCUGUGUGACCGCAAGUCCACCAUGGUGGCCCAGUCCCAGAUAGGAUUCAUCGAUUUCAUCGUGGAGCCGACGUUCACCGUUCUGUCGGACAUGACCGAGAAGAUCGUCUCGCCGCUGAUCGAGGAGGCCUCCCGCUCAGACAUGGCGGUAUUCCGUCGAUCCAGUCUGAAUAAUACGCCUCCGUCGGAAGGGAAGCGCUCCAGUGUGAAGAGCACGGGGUCCGAGGGCAGCACCUCCCUCCACUGCUCCCUGCUCAGCGUCGACUUCCGAAGCUUCAAGGGCUCCUGGAACGAGGAGGUGCAGAAGAACCGUGAAAAGUGGAAGACCCAGGCCACCAAAGACCUGGAGGAGAAGGCCAAGAAAGAGGCGGAGGACAAGAAGGAGCAGGAGGAGGCAGAGGGGACGAAGACAGCCGACGCGGAGCAGGCAACGCCAAGCCAGGCCGACAAGCCGAGCCAGGAUAAGGAUCCAAGCCAGGCCAACAAGCCGAGCCAGGAUAAGGAUCCAAGCCAGGCCAACAAGCCGAGCCAGGAUAAGGAUCCAAGCCAGGCCAACAAGCCGAGCCAGGAUAAGGAUCCAAGCCAGGCAGGCAAGCCGAAUCAGGCAGAGGAGGGACAGAAGGACCCCGUCGAGCAGCAGCCCAAAGUUGAGAAAGGGGACCAGGACCCCGGGGGGAAGGAGUCGUCGCCCAAAUCCCCCCCUCAGAACGGAGAGGCCACGCCCGACGCAGAAGCCAGACAGCAAGCGCGCAACGAUGAGUGGUAGCUUUUCCUGUUCCUGGAGAUCCACGUGGCUGAAGGGUAUUGCCAUGCCAUUCAAACCAGUGGCUCACUGACGCCUGGAAUUGCAGCUGGCUCGUCCAAUCAGUGACUCCAAGUUCAGAAAGCCGUGGAUCUCCAUUGGUUAAGGAUGAGGUCAUCAUGUGCAGCUGGCCAAUGAAAUCACUGUGCGCACACACUCUUGUUGCCUUGACCAAAGACUGAAUUAAGAUUUUUUAAGUUGAAGUUUUUAAGUUUUAAGGCUAAAUUCAGCAUCAGAUUUACACUUUAUGCCACAACAUAUACAAACUUCGUAAUGAAAGAAAAAACUUUUCUUUUUCAGGGAGAAAUGUAAAAAUAAAAUGUAAAACUGCCUUAAUUUGUUUUUAGCUAUUAUGUUUUAUUUUACUUCAGCUUUUAGUAUGGAAUUCAAUCAACAUUUCUCCAAAAACACGCUAUUUUGUCAUUAUUUGCAGGUACGAGUUUUUCACAACUAAAAUUUGCAAUGUUUGUUGAUAUAUUGUUGACUGCUGAACUUGCUGAACCUUGUUUGCAAAGAACAGCGCAAACGUCAGCAUUUAAUUGUCAAUUUAAGGACGAGUGUUGAUUGAAUGUAGGCCUUCAUCUUGUGUAUAACACAGUGGCCUGUGCAUCCAGCACUGCUGAUUUAGUUUUAGGUUGAUGUCUUGUAUCGUUCCCUUUGUUCAUGAACCUUGAAGUGCUUUUUGUGUACUCUUGCUUUGUUUUUAUUUCUUGCAAACUUAAAUAUCUUCCAUUAAACGUUUUCCUUUUUAUUUAGUUUUUUUGCUUUUUUUUUUUUGUUUUACUUUUUUUCUUGUCUUCUGUGUGGCCACUAAGGUUGCAUUGAAAUUUCGAUCAUAAUUGCACCCUUCCGUAAUCAGUCUGCAGCACAGCUUUGUAAUCGUGUUGUAUUUACAUAAGUGCUUUUUGUAGCUUUUAUGUGAGAUGAGAAUGUUCAAAAACACAUGUUUAGUGUUUCCGUGGUUACAUGUUAACCUUCAUCGAUCCCGCCCCUCUUUCCCAAAACUACAGCAGCACCUUAGUGAACCCAAACUCAAAUGCCCUCCUGUCUCAGAAGACAUCGCUGAGUUAUAGUUAUAUGUUAAAGACAUAUUUAGAGAGCAGUUUCCUGUUCCUGUUACUGUAAUUUCUCUCUCUUCAUAUUGAAAUGACGUUUGAUGUGUUGCUCAAUAUUACUGCAUAAAGCAAGUAAUAUUUUUGUUUUCUUUCUCCAAACUGCGCUACCGCACUCAAUGUGUUCCUAGCUUCCUUUUGAAUAGAACUCUGGUACCUGGAGCAUGAAAACAGAUUUUUGUGACCAACAGUCACUUGGCAGAUGUCAAAACUGUGAAAUUAAGCCACCUUAAUCUAUGAGUCUGAUGGCAUAUUAUUGCUCCGCUCUGCCCCCUAGUGUACACAACUUUACAUGUUCUCGUCUCUACUUUUGCUGAGUGCCGCAAAGCUGUUUGAACUUCCUUUAAAAAAAAGUACUAGACAGCUAAAAAGUACAUUUGAAAUAAAUGAAAAAGAGCUGUACAGCAUUUGGCAUUGUCAAAGUUAAAAAAUAAAAAUAAAAAACAUCUAGGCCAUUUUUUACUUGCUAUGAGAAAAACAUAUUUAGUCAUUGAAGGAAAUAUGUUCAGUCAUUUUUUCCACUCACAUCAAGCUGCUGCAAAUAUUCUGUUUCUUUACUGGUGCAAAACUGUGAAUAAUUUAUAAUGUAUUAAUCCAAUUCAAUAUGUGUCAUCUAAGGUCUUCCCUCUAUUAAUACUUGUACAACACUUCCAUUGCAUGGCUAUUAUUUCAUAUGCUGUAUAGUCCUAGCUGUGCUGCUUGGUUCAGUCUAAUUCUUCGUGCUCCAGCUCCUGUCAUUUUCUGUCCCAGCAGUGCCACCUACUGGCAAAUCUUUAGAUUACAUUCUGACGUCUCAAUCCCAAACCGAAUUUCUGGAUGGUCAUAGGUGUCCACAGGUUUGUUUGUUUGUUUGUUUUUUGAUUUUUUUCAUUUUAUUAUAUAUUUUUUAUUUUUGUUCAUUUUUGAUUGUGCCCUUUCUAUCAUCAGCCAAUUAAAGUCUUGGCACUGAGGUGUGAACUCUUAAGCCAAUCAAAAACUUUAAUUAAGCACUAGAAACGCAAAAAAUAAAAAAUUUAAAAAAAGCUAGUGAACACUGUGGCACUCCACUGUAUUUCAGACACUGUCUGGCCAUGUGCUGUCUUGUAGUAUGGCUUUCACCAUCCAUUACUUUUGCCAAUGAAUAAGAAAAGUAAUCAUCCCUAAAACUACAUGGAAAAAUGUUUUUAUAUCGACUUUGUUAGUUUUGUUUUUAUAUAUAUUUUUUUUUGUUUGUUUCUUUUUAAAGCCAUAGAUUAUUAAGCUGCAAGGUGUGCCAUUUUCAACACAUUUUAACAGGCUAUUUUGUGUUUUGUCUCAUUGAAGAAAUAUUAUGUAUAGAUAUAUAUAUAUAUAUAUAUAUAUAUAUAGUUUCCAGUUAUGGAAAAACAAAAUAUAUAUCAGCAAAUAAAUAAUGCUAUAAAAAACCAACAACACACCACUGUUAUUCACAAACCAAGAAAACAAUGACCUGUGCUGACCUUGUGGUCAUGUUUGUUACAAUGCUACGUUGUUGCAAUGUUGUGACAAUAAACCAGAACUGAAAGGGCUGAGA